CUCGCUCGGGCGCUGCGCUGAUGUACAACUGCGUGUCGCCCUUGCUAGAAGCGCGCAUUCACCUUGCGGCAGGGCGCCUAGGUAGGAAGGGAAGGCCCUGCGGCCCGCCGCUGCCCCGGGCUGGGGCGCCGUCCCCUCAGCAGGCGCGGGCUGGCAGCGGCAGCCGUGCCGCCCCGCUGCGAGGCCCCUCCCCCCUCCGGCAGGCACCCGCCACACCGCUGCCUUACGGCCGGCUGGCUCCCAGCCCCUCCGCGGACGCCGCCCCUCCGCGGGCGGGCACGUGUGAAAAAAAUGGAGACGUCAAGAAGAGAAGGUCAGAUCAGGCAGAUAUUCCCGAUAGUCUUCGUCAAGAAGCAGAAACAUGCUAUCGACUUAGGCUGCCUGAAGAUUUCUAUCAGUUUUGGAAGUUUUGUGAGGAACUAGAUCCUGAGAAACCAAGUGAUGCGCUUAUGCCAAGUGUUGGACUUAGGCUGGUUGGACCAUAUGAUAUUCUUGCUGGAAAACACAAAAAAGCAAAAUCAACAGAUCUGAACUUCAAUAUUCAUUGGAGAUUCUUCUAUGAUCCCCCAGAAUUCCAGACUAUACUUGUUGGGGAUAGCAAAACACAGUAUCACAUGGGAUAUUUCAGGGAUGUGCCUGAUGAGCUGCCAGUGUGGGUUGGUGCAAAUGAAGCCAAGAAGGGCUGUGUGAUUUCACAAGUUGGUGAUAAUGUCUUUGCCGCAGUCAAAUUAUUUUUGUCAAAAAGACUGAAGGAAGUGACCGAUAAAAAGAAAAUUGCUAUUUUGAAAGACAUAGAUGAGAAACUAUCAAGAACAGCAAAAGAACUGGGUUAUUCUCUGGAACAAAAAACCAUGAAGAUGAAACAGAGAGAUAAGAAAGUGGUGACCAAAGCAUUUCAUGGAGCAGGCCUAGUUGUUCCUGUAGACAAAAAUGAUGUUGGAUACAGAGAACUUCCCGAAACAAAUGCUAAUCUGAAAAAAAUCUGUAAGGCCAUUGUUGAUGCUCCUACUGAUGAUGAGAGACUGAAGGCCUUUGCACCCAUUCAGGAAAUGCUGACCUUCGUCCAGUUUGCUAAUGAUGAAUGUGACUAUGGAAUGGGGUACGAACUGGGAAUGGACCUGUUUUGCUAUGGAUCACAUUACUUCCACAAGACGGUGGGGCAGCUGCUGCCGCUGGCGUACAGGCUGCUGCGGAGGGACCUCUUCGCCGAGAUCAUCGAGGCGCACCUGGACCACCGCCGGCGGGAGGCGCCGGACCAGCUGGCGGCCUGAGCCGGGCCGGGGGCGGCGGGGGCGGGGGGCCUGUGCUCGUGCUUUUUUUAUUCUUAUCAUUAUUAUUACUAUUAUUGUUAGGUCUGGGGUUUUGUACUCUGUGGCGGUGCCCCCUGCGGUCAGUAAAGCUUUUCUAAGGAAG